AGUCCGUGAUUCCGUCUGUUGGAAGCGAUCAACCAGGACAAGCAACGCUCGAGUACCCCAAAUACCUCUUGGACGAUGAAACGAUGGUCAAGGUGGCUGACAUGGGUUUGGGACGGGGUGUCAAUAUCACUGGCUGCAAUUACCAGUUCGUGGACUUGCAGAUCCAGCCGUCAAGGCAAGUAGUGGAGCAAUCGACGAUCGAGGCUGGCUUUAGGCAAUUUAGACGAGAUGUUCGAUCGUGGAGCGAAUUGAACAAUCAGAUGCAAGCCAGUCUAGCUGGUCCGUUCACGGAAGCGAUCAAGCUAGACUUUGGGAUGUCUAUUGGUCAAAACCGCAGUAGCAGAUUGAUGAGACAUUACGAAGGGCAAGAGAUACAUACUAGAACUAUUCGCUUUAGUUUGGCGAAAACUCAGACGAUCCAGGUGGAUUACGAUCAAGAAGAAUUGGAGGAUAUUGAUCUAGGGGGAAUCAGAACGCCAGUGGAUUCGGAUGCAGUUGAUGGUGAUGCUCGUUAUGGAAGUGACUCUGAAGCUGUGGAUGAAUCAUUAAGGCAGAGACAGAUUACCAUAGCCGACACAUAUCGUAACACAUCACUUGAUCCAGAAACAGCAAGUGUAGCGACUAGUGCAAUACCUAGUGCAGAAGCAAGUGACAUAGCAAAUGUAGAAACCAGUGGAAUAGCGAGUGGUGCAGCAACACUUGGAGUAGCAACUGCAAGUAUAGAAGCAAGUACAACAGAACUAAUAGCAAGCCACCAGCACAAGAAUGACAGCAACAUUAACACGUCCAUUAACCAGACAGUGGUUGCUGAAGACGACCUAAGCACUACUUCUCAAUCCUUUCAAAGCCUGCCUCGUAUACAACUACUUAUCAACCAAGAGAAGAAACGAAAGCCAAAUGAUAAAAUCAACGAUAAGAAACGAAUAUACAUUAGUAAACAACUGAUAAAGAGGCAAAAUCGUGGUGCAACACAUUUUGUUUCAUCCAUUGACCUUGGUGCCAAGGUUAUUAGCACAAGAAGAACCAGGAAAUCAAAGAAAUCAAGUGUAGCAGCAGCUCAUGCACGCGCAUCGUUGCAUGGUGUAGGAUUGAAAUCUCAUUUAUCUCAUGAAUCUUUGGCAAUGGCGACAGCCAGAGACACGAGCCUCAGCUCUAGUGUUGAUCCAAGAAUAAAAACAAUGUCUGUUAACACCAUAGUGCAACCAAACGAAGAGAGGGUGAUUGGGUAUGAAGUUAGUCCUAUUUGGGUCUUACUACGUGAUAAGAAGUGGCAGCAAGCAGUAAAAGAAGGUUGCCGGAAGUACGUAGAAGAGGAAGCUGCUAAGCAACCACCACUAGUUGGUUCAGGUGGGCCAUUCUUCAUUAAAGUUGGCAACUACUAUCUGAUGCUGUCAAAACGACGUGAUCAGAAAGAGAUAGUUAGAGGAACUGAAGAUGUCAAGCAAGCAUGCAAUUUCUAUAUCUACUUGCCAUAUCAACAACUAAACAGCAGCAGUUCCAACAUUGAUGAUGAGUCAGAUGAUGAUCUUGAUCCUAUGAGAAAUGCACAAUCUGGAUUCUAUAUCUACUGUGAGGGUACGAAAGGGCAGCUCUAUCUCACCGCAGACUCGAGUCACAAUGAUGUAAAAUUGGUAACCAGUAUUGUCUCUCCCAAUGCCCGCGGUCAGUUCUAUCUUCAAUACCCAAGCACUCGGAAAUUUGCUGCUCUUGAGCAGUGGCCACAUAACGCCCUGCUCUUAGUUAGGAAAACUGCCUGGUUUGGACGACAUCAAUAUCUUGUCAUAACAGAAGACAGAAAGCUCAAGGCAAUGUUUGAUGCCUUUGACGAGGAGACACAGGCACUGUGUCAGUUCAAAAUACAACAUCCUAACCCAGAGGCCCCUAUACACACAGGACAGACCCCCCAAACAGAUGGAGAAACGUGCGAUGAACUUGGAAGUUAGCCACCAAUAAAAUAAUACUCUCUAGAUAGCAGUUCCUUCAUAAGUUGCAACAUGGCGAACCAAGGGACUUGAUUAGGAUGAUUGCUGUAGUUAGUUGUAACAAAACACACUAGCUAAGACAUCAAUUGUGAAAUUGUGAAAAUACAUUUUAUGAAAACAUGAAGUUGC